AAGCGCGGGAAAGAGUAGUAAAAUUGUGUGCAGAGGGUGUGUGCCCCAUGAGCCCUGCAGACGUGGCAGCUCCGGGUAGGGGCUGAGCGGGGGCAGCCAGCUCGCCUUUGCCUACCUGGCCUCGAAUCCCAAGGGAGCCCCGCACCAGUCCCGGACAAUGAACCAGACUGAUGACUCCUCCUCCAGCUGUGAAUGGUUCAUUGGGGCAGGAGCCCCAGAGGCAGCUUCCAGAGGUGCUGGGUGGAGCCUGGGAACCACUUCAAGGAGACGGGCUGCCACCACUCACCAUCAUUGUUGCCGCCUUUGUCCUGCUUGCGGUCUGUAUUGUGGUGGCAGUCCACUUUGGGCCAAGGCUGCACCAAGGCCAUGCUACUCUCUCCACAGAGCCACCAGCUCCAAAGCCAGAGUAUGGCAUCUACCUCAUCCACUGGAGGCUGCUGGGCCCCCAGGACAGUCAUAAAGAAGACCAGCAGGGACCUCCUAUCCCUGGAUCUGAUCCUACUCCAGAAGGGCCCAGGCCCAGUAUUGAUGAAGAAACAUAUCUGUAAGAGGGAGAUUUUGGAAGUUAAUCUGAUCUGGCUCAGCACAAGAAACUGGACUGAGAAUUAGAGCAAAAGCAAAUUGGAGCCUAAGCAUCAGAGCUGUAGAUGGGUAUACUGGACUGAGCAGGAGCUGCCCUCUCCAAAUGUUUCUGAAAAGAGCUCUUGAUGGACAGGAAAAAUGAAAGAAGCUUGAGAGCAGGGCCCUGUGCAGAGGACUGCUGCUGUGGGUGUCCCCAGGGUCUAAGGUUUAUGAAGACUUACCUCCCUUCACAGAGCUCCUGACCCUUAAGCUCUGAGUCCCUGCCCACACCAUCAGCCUUAAUCUCCUUCCCUUUUGGGGUAAAGUGAAUCCACUGUGAAAGAUUCCACCACCCACCUCAAUUCUAAUCAGGAAUGUCAGAUGCUCCAUAGAGUGCCCAGAUCCUAUUAAAGUCCAGUCAGGGACAGCCACAGCAAAGAACCCAUGAUCUGCCUUUUCUGAGAUUCUGAGGACUCAAGGAAGGAAAGGUUGCCUUUCACCCAUGAUGGAGCAAAUCUUGGUGCAGGGCCUAGGUUUUGUUGACAAUGUCUAAAGCCUUUGGAAAUCCCAAGCACCAUUUAUAGUUCAAAGAUUGCCUUUGAAUGGA